CCGUGCGGCGUGCCGGCGGAUCACGUGCGCUCGCACCGCCGAAAGUCCCCGCAGAGGUAGCUUACGCAUCGGUCCGAGUGAGCGGAUUCCGUGGCGCGGUUAUUUUUUGGCGGUUAUUUUUCAUUUCAACGCCCCGUUUGUUGUUAACUUUUUUUUCUUUUAUUUUUUUUUUUACCAUAAUAUUAUUGUUCUGAUAAUCGUGUCCGACACCGUUUCCGCGUCCGUUCCGUAUUCUUACGAUCGGGUUUCCGGCCCGUCGCGCCCACCGUCGUACAUCCCAAUCGCUGUUAAACGUCUCGGAUCCCGGUUCAUCCUUAUCUUGACAUUCGUUUUUGACGGUUGACAGUUCAAGCAACGUUAGCGUAAAUCCAUCGGCGUGAAAUACGAACGAGUUCGAGACAACAUCACGGCGGACGCGCACUGAAAACGCGUUACAGAUCGCUCCGGCCACUGGUAUAAUUGAACGCUCUUUGUUGUGAACAAGAAAUGUGUCAGCCGUCAAGCGAGAAACGAACGGCAGCGACGGCAAUUCGAUCACCACCGAGGACUAACCGAUAACCUGGGUUAAUGGUCAAUCAUCGCGACAAACGGCACGAAGACCGUACCGGAAAGUAGUUGAAAAAGCAAAACGGAAAGAAAUCAACGAAAAUAAGAAAAAUAUAACAGUUGAUUUUGUAGUAAACGUCAGUAGCGAAAACAACGACGACAUGGAAACCGUGACCGUGGCCGAAGAAGAGAUGACUACUCAGAAAUACACGAACGUAACAGAACAGUACAUGGCCGAAGAAAUAAACUCGUUCUAUUUCUACGAAACCGUACAGUUCACAGUGCUAUGGAUAUUGUUCCUGUCGAUCGUGCUGGGCAACGGAGCCGUGCUGGUGGCCUUAUCGUUCAACAAAGCUCGCAAGAACCGCAUGAACUUUUUCAUCAUGCACCUUGCGCUGGCCGAUUUGUUGGUGGGACUGGUGAGCGUGAUGAUCGACAUGAUAUGGAGAACGACCGUUACCUGGUCAGCCGGACCGAUUGCUUGCAAAGUCGUCAAAUACUUACAGGUGGUCGUCACGUAUUCGUCUACGUACGUGCUGGUCGCGUUAAGCAUCGACAGAUAUGACGCAAUCACACACCCGAUGAACUUUUCCAGCAGCUGGCGCAGAGCCAGAGCGUUGAUCGGCUGCGCAUGGAUAUUGAGUUUCGUGCUCGCCGUGCCCAGUGUGUUUAUUAACGAAGAGACGGUAAUACAAGGUCGCACGCAGUGCUGGAUCGAACUUUUGCCGUGGCAAUGGAAACUGUACAUAAGCAUAGUGGCGACGACGGUGUUCGUGGUGCCGGCGAUCAUCAUCAGCGGAUGUUACACGAUAAUCGUUUACACGAUUUGGUCGAAGAGCAAACUCCUGUCGCCGGCCAAAAGCAACGCGGUACAGCGAGGCACCAAAAAGCCCGAAGAGCACGACAUCAGGAGAUCCAGUUCUAGGGGCAUCAUACCGAAAGCGAAAAUCAAAACGGUGAAAAUGACGUUUGUCAUAGUGUUCGUGUUCAUCCUGUGCUGGAGCCCGUACAUCGUUUUCGACCUGCUGCAGGUGUACGGUUACAUACCGAAAACGCAGUCGAACGUUGCGCUCGCCACGUUCAUACAGAGCCUGGCGCCGCUGAACUCCGCCGCCAACCCGAUCAUUUACUGCCUGUUCUCCACGCACAUUUGCCGAUCUCUCAGACAAGUCCCACCAUUCAAAUGGUUAAGGUGUUGCAGAAACGGAACACAGGAGCAACUGAGCUACACAGAAACACUAACAUCGUCCAAUCGUCAGGUGAACACAUCUCUUUUGCGAAACGCCACAGUGCAUGUACACUCAGUGGUCCGAGCUCCAGUGCUGGACCGUAUGGGCAUAUCAACAGAGAAAAAUAGCUAUGCCGAUUCAUUACUUUAAACCAACCAACGCCAUACAAAAUACAUAAGUCAUGCCGCGUUAUUGUAUCAACCAACAUAAUUACAGCCAUAAUAUUACAUUUCUAAAAUAAUUUUAAAAAAAUAAAAAUUAUUAUUAAUAUUACUAUAAAUUCUAUAACUAUUAUUAUUAUUAUUAUUAUUACUAUAAUUAUUACAAUAUGAACAUAAAUGUUAAGUUGUAUUCUGUCGACUGACUUUCUCCCUAAACAUAAUAUUUGUACAAACCUUCGAUGAAUAAUACUAUUAUUGUAAUGUAUUCCUUAUUGUUGCCUGGAUUCCUAUUCGUACUUAUGUCUUUAACCAAUAUAAUGUAAAUACUUUUUGUUUUAAACCAUCAUUGAUAAAAUACAAUAGCUUAAUAAUCACAAUA